AUGGGCUCUCGCGAAGAAAACACCCUCAACAAUGACGGCCAAAACAAAGCAGAUGGCAUGAGCAUGAUUGUCGUCAUGGGCGUAACCGGCUCUGGCAAGAGUUACCUCAUCAACCGUCUUGCUGGAAGACAAGUUGUCGCCGAGGGAGGUACUCUUGACUCAUGCACCCAAGACUGCCAGAUGGUUCCAGCCAACAUCGGCAAUUCCAAGGUCAUGUUGAUUGACACCCCUGGAUUCGACGACCCGGAUAGGCCUGAUGCAGACAUCUUGAGCGAUAUUGCCCGCGUACUAGCCGCUCAGUAUAGUGUGGGGUUUGAACUCAAAGGUAUCAUCUACAUACACAGGAUUAUAGACGUCCGCUACGCUGGAUCCAGUAUCAAGACUUUCGAGAUCUUCAAGAGGAUCUGUGGCGAGGAGGCGCUGAAAAAUGUCUUGCUCGUCACGAGCCGCUGGAACGAAGUGGAUGAGGCAACCGGAGCUGAUCGUGAACGCGAGCUUCGAGAGAGGAUCUGGGCGUACAUGCUCGGACACGGAUCAUGCAUGAGCCGAUUCCAUGGAGACCGGUCGUCAGCCGUCACGCUUGCAAGCCAGCUCCUAAUCAAGGACCCGGUUGUGCUACGCCUUCAGCAUGAGAUGAUCGACGAGGGUAAAAAUCUCAAUGACACAACGGCAGGCUCUUUUGUCGACGACGGCCUUGAAAAACUCCGUGAAGAGUACCUCGGCAAGAUUGAGGCCCUCGAGAACCUCAAGGGGGAGCUAAAGGAGUCGGACCGAGCCAUGAAGCGCCAGAUGCAGGCUGAGUGGGAGCGGGAGCGGGCCUGGCUCCGUAAGACAGAGGAGCAACAGGGCAGUCUCCGGCGGGACGUUUACGAGGAGGUCAGGAGCGAGAUGCAGGACAAGACUGAGACCAAGCCCAGGGGGCUUAAACGACUGAUACCAUUGAUCCCAGUGUCGUUAAACCUGCUUAGUAUGUUUGUGGGCAUUGCGCCAGGCUCCAUUGAGCUGCUUUCGGAGUGGUUCUCGGACAUCACCUCGUUUGAAGGCUGA